AUGGUCAAGCCAAGCGACCUCUACACCGCAAUGGCGGCCACCAUCAACACCUUCUUCGCCGACUACAACCGGGCGCCAGACGACGGGCCCUCGAUGCUCUCCAACACGCUCACGCCGGACUGCCGGCGCUACCUGCGCCCCUACACCUUCACCGACGCGCUCGGGUUCCCGCGGGAUUUCUACUUCAACAACACGGCGUACGAGACCGGGAUAGCCAGCGAGCUGACCGUCACGCAGACGGCCAACUGGACCGUGCUCUUCACGUCGAUCGACGUGCAUGCCCUCAAGGCGUCUGCGUUCUCGGAGUACCGGGUCAGCCUGUGCGGGACGGACGAGUACCUGAUUGAGGCGUCGUGGUUCUGGGACUUAACGGAGGAUGGGACCAAGAUUCGGAAUAUUAUUGAGGUGCUUGAGCCGAUCACUACCCUCAACUAUUCCGCUAAGGCUGUGGAGAUAGCAGCGACGGGGGAGACUUGUUAG